UUCACCAACACCCCCCACCAAAAAACAGAGAAGAAGAAAAAAAAUCACAAUUUCAAUUGAAAAAAAAAUGAGGUUCUCAAAAUAUAUUGUAUUUUUUCUUGUUGUGUUUUUUUAUGUGGCAAAUGGAGAUCCUCUAGUUCCAGCAUUAAACAUAUUUGGUGACUCUGUAGUUGAUGUUGGAAAUAAUAACAAUUUAACUACUCUUAUCAAGGCUAAUUUUCUUCCUUAUGGAAGAGAUUUUGUUACUCAUAGACCUACUGGAAGAUUCUGCAAUGGAAAGCUGGCUACUGACUUUACUGCUGAAUAUCUUGGGUUCACUACAUAUCCACCAGCUUACCUUAGCCCAGAGGCAAGAGGGAGAAAUAUACUGACUGGUGUCAACUUUGCUUCUGCUGCUUCUGGUUAUUAUGAAAGGACUCCUCAACUUUAUCGUGCACUUACACUGGCACAACAGCUACAAUAUUACAGGGAAUGGCAAGCAAAAGUAGUGAAUUUAGUAGGAAGAACACAGGCAAAUAACAUAAUAUCAGGAGGAAUCCAUCUAUUAAGUGCAGGAAGCAGUGAUUUUAUUCAGAAUUACUAUGUUAAUCCAAUGCUCAACAGGAUCUACUCACCUGAUCGAUUUUCCGAUAUACUUAUGCAGUCUUAUACUACAUUCAUUCAGAACCUUUAUGGUAUGGGAGCAAGGAAGAUUGGAGUAACAACUCUGCCACCAACAGGUUGUUUGCCAGCAGCAAUUACUUUGUUUGGUAGAGGAAGCAAUCAAUGUGUUGCAAGAUUGAACCAAGAUGCUGUUUUCUUCAACGCUAAGCUGAACCGGACAUCAGAAAGUUUGAAGAGCAGACUUCCAGGCCUCAAACUUGUCGUCUUCGACAUCUAUCAGCCUCUCUUAGAUAUGAUCACUAAACCUACAGAUAGUGGAUUCUUCGAAUCGAGGAGGGCUUGUUGUGGAACUGGUACACUAGAAACGUCGUUCCUUUGCAAUGUAAGGUCUAUAGGGACGUGCUCUAAUGCGACAGAUUACGUCUUCUGGGACGGAUUCCAUCCUUCUGAAGCAGCUAAUGAGAAAUUAGCUCAAAAUCUACUGGAGCAGGGCUUUGAUCUCAUCUCUUAAGUGUUGUAUGGUUGC